AUGCAAACCAAUCCCAAAACUAAAGAAAUGUUUAUAGUCAGAGCUUUGGAAAAGAUAUUAGCAGAUAAGGACAUAAAAAGGUCCUAUCACAGCCAGUUGAAAAAGUCAUGCGAAGUAGCGCUAGAGGAAAUAAAAACUGAGCUGAAAAAUGGUGGUCAGCCAGAAACAUCAGAGAGUCCAACAUCAGGAACUUUACCACUACCCAAAAAUGAUGCAUCAAAUAUCAUCACUGCUGAAAAGUACUUUCUACCAUUUGAACUGGCUUGUCAAAGCAAAGCAGCCAGGAUAGUUGUGACUGCACUGGACUGCCUCCAGAAACUGAUUGCAUACGGCCAUCUCACAGGAAAUAUACCAGAUUCAACUACACCAAGGAAAUUGUUAAUAGAUAGAAUAGUUGAAACAAUUUGUAGUUGUUUCAAUGGCCCACAAACUGAUGAGGGAGUGCAACUUCAAAUAAUCAAAGCUCUCCUCACUGUUAUUACAAGCCAGCAUGUUGAAGUGCAUGAGGGUGCAGUACUUCUAGCUGUCAGAACAUGUUACAAUAUUUAUUUGGCUUCAAAAAAUCUUAUAAAUCAAACAACGGCCAGAGCUACGCUAACACAAAUGUUAAAUGUGAUAUUCACUAAAAUGGAAAAUCAAGCUUUAGAGACAGAAGCUAGUAAUGCUAACUUAGCAGCAGAGACGCAACAUAAAAUUCCUAAUGGUAAUAUUCCAAGUGAUAGUACCUCAUGUGCAAAAAAUGAGGAUAAUAAACAAGAAUCUAGUGAUAAGGAAGUUGAUGAUGUGCUAGAAGCUAAAUUAAUAGCUAGACAAAUUGUGGAUUCUGUCAUAGAUAAUGCUAUCUCAAUAGCAACAAAGAAAACUGUUCAAGAUGUGACCCAGAAUGGACCUGAAAAUAAUGAAAACCCACCCGAUGGUCAGGACAAUGUCAGUAUUAGCCAAGAGAGCAAUGGGCACCUUCACCCUGAUACAACAAUAGCAAGGAUUCCAUCACAAGAAAGUGUUGAUGUCGCUUCAGAGAAUGACACAUCAGUGACUGCUAAGUUCACUCAUGUACUACAGAAAGAUGCUUUCCUCGUAUUCAGAGCUCUUUGUAAGCUGUCUAUGAAACCUUUACCAGAUGGUACACCGGAUCCAAAAUCCCAUGAACUAAGAUCAAAGAUUCUUUCUCUUCAUCUAUUGCUGUCUAUCCUUCAAAAUGCCGGCCCUGUUUUUAGAAAUAAUGAGAUGUUUAUAACUGCUAUUAAGCAAUAUUUAUGUGUUGCCUUAUCAAAAAAUGGAGUCAGUUCUGUACCUGAGGUCUUUGAACUUUCACUGGCAAUUUUCUUAGCCUUGCUACAGAAUUUUAAAAUUCAUCUGAAAAUGCAAAUUGAAGUGUUCUUUAAAGAGAUUUUUAUGAAUAUAUUGGAAACUUCAAGCUCCUCCUUUGAACAUAAAUGGAUGGUGAUUCAAGCCCUCACUAGAAUAUGUGGUGAUGCUCAAAGUGUUGUCGACAUUUAUGUUAACUAUGACUGUGAUUUAUCGGCUGCAAACCUGUUUCAAAGAUUAGUUAAUGAUGUGUCUAAAAUAGCACAAGGAAGACAAGCUUUGGAAUUAGGUGCUACACCAAAUCAAGAGAAGUCGAUGAGAAUUAGGGGCCUUGAAUGCCUUGUAUCAAUAUUAAAAUGUAUGGUGGAAUGGAGCAAAGAGUUAUACAUCAAUCCCAAUAUGCAAACAACACUGGGAGAGAGACUGGUUAAGGAAGAAACUGAUCAUCAAAGUAUCAAAUCUCAUGGUGGAUCAAGUCUUAGUUUAGUUUCAACUGGAUCUAGUAAUAUUGGCAACAGAGAGACCUUGGAUUCACCUGAACAGUUUGAAGUUUUGAAGCAGCAAAAGGAAGUUUGGGAAACUGGUAUUGAUUUGUUCAACAGGAAGCCAAAAAAAGGAGUUACAUUCCUACAAGAACAAUCUUUACUAGGAACAUCAACUAAGGAGAUCGCUGAAUGGUUAUUAACAGAUGAAAGACUUGAUAAAACUUUUAUCGGGGAAUAUUUAGGUGAAAAUGAUGAUCAUUCUAAAGAAGUUAUGUAUGCUUAUGUUGAUUCUAUGAAGUUUUCUAACAUGGACAUCGUAGCGGCUCUGAGACAUUUCUUGGAAGGUUUUAGACUACCUGGAGAAGCACAAAAAAUUGAUAGACUUAUGGAAAAGUUUGCAGCUCGUUAUUGUGAAUGCAAUCCAAAUAAUACACUUUUUAUGAGUGCUGACACAGUAUAUGUACUGGCAUUUUCUAUAAUAAUGCUAACAACAGAUUUACACUCCCCACAAGUAAAGAAUAAGAUGACAAAAGAACAAUAUAUAAAACUGAAUAGUGGUAUAAGCGACAACAACGACUUGCCACGCGAAUAUCUGUCUCAGAUAUAUGACGAAAUAGCAGGACAUGAAAUAAAAAUGAAAAACGUCUCGCGACCGGGUAAGCAUAUGAUAGCGAAUGAGAAGAAACGGAAAUUUAUAUGGAAUAUGGAAAUGGAACAAAUAUCAACCGCUGCUAAAAAUUUAAUGGAAUCUGUAUCCCAUGUCCAAACCCCAUUCACUACCGCUAAGCACGUUGAACAUGUUCGACCGAUGUUUAAGAUGGCCUGGACUCCUUUCCUGGCUGCAUUCUCUGUCGGUCUUCAAGACUGUGAUGAUCCCGAGAUCGCGUCUUUGUGUCUCGAUGGAAUAAGAUGUGCAAUACGUAUUGCAUGCAUUUUCCAUAUGUCUUUAGAGAGAGAUGCAUACGUUCAGGCUUUAGCCAGGUUUACACUGUUGACAGCAAAUUCACCUAUAACGGAAAUGAAGGCAAAAAAUAUCGAUACCAUCAAAACCCUUAUAACAGUGGCUCAUACCGACGGAAAUUACUUGGGAUCAAGUUGGCUCGACGUCGUUAAAUGUAUUUCACAACUCGAACUAGCUCAACUUAUAGGCACAGGAGUUCGACCACAAUUUUUGUCCGGGUCAGGUAUUAAACCGCAACCAGAUUCCUUAAAAUUCAGCCUCAUGUCUUUAGAUCCUAGUGUUAAAGAACAUAUUGGUGAAACGAGUUCUCAAAGCGUAGUAGUCGCGGUGGACAGAAUAUUCACAGGAUCUACGAGACUUGACGGUGACGCUAUUGUUGAUUUUGUCAAAGCCCUUUGCCAAGUGUCUCUUGACGAACUAAGUCAUCCUACGAAUCCUCGAAUGUUCUCACUUCAAAAGAUUGUGGAAAUAUCUUAUUAUAAUAUGGGGCGUAUCCGUCUUCAAUGGUCACGAAUCUGGCAAGUGUUAGGUGACCACUUUAAUAAAGUCGGUUGUAGUUACAAUGAAGAUAUCGCAUUUUUCGCAGUUGAUUCAUUACGACAGCUAUCCAUGAAAUUUAUUGAGAAAGGUGAAUUUGCUAACUUCAAGUUCCAAAAAGACUUCUUGCGACCCUUUGAACACAUCAUGAAGAAAAAUAGUUCACCAACUAUUAGAGAUAUGGUAGUAAGGUGUAUUGCCCAGAUGGUUAACUCACAAGCACCAAACAUUAAAUCAGGAUGGAAGAACAUUUUUUCAGUAUUUCAUUUAGCUGCCAGCGAUCAGGACGAAGCAAUCGUCGACUUAGCGUUCCAAACUACUGGCAAAAUAAUAACAGAAUUAUAUGAAAAACAAUUUCCGGCUAUGAUAGACUCAUUCCAAGACGCUGUUAAAUGUCUAUCUGAGUUUGCCUGCAACGCUAAGUUCCCUGAUACGUCCAUGGAAGCGAUAAGACUCGUCCGAUCUUGUGCGACGGCAGUGGGAACGUCUCCGCAGCUGUUCGCGGAGCAUGCCGGCCUGGAAGGAGAGCCCGGUGCUCCUGAAGUAGACAGGGUGUGGCUACGAGGAUGGUUUCCGUUAUUAUUUUCACUGUCGUGCGUCGUUAGCCGCUGCAAACUUGACGUUCGUACUAGAGGCCUGACGGUCCUCUUCGAGAUUAUAAAAACUCAUGGCGAUUCAUUCCGUCCGCAUUGGUGGAGAGAUUUAUUUAAUAUAUUAUUUAGAAUUUUUGACAAUAUGAAGUUACCUGAACAUCAAUUAGAAAAGAAUGAAUGGAUGACUACGACGUGCAAUCACGCUUUGUACGCCAUAGUAGACGUUUUCACGCAAUUUUUUGAUAUUCUAGGAUCCCUUUUACUUGAACAGCUUUACGCACAACUGCACUGGUGCGUGCAACAGGAUAACGAACAACUCGCGAGAUCUGGAACAAAUUGCUUAGAAAAUCUAGUCAUAUCAAACGGAACUAAAUUUAACGAAGAAACGUGGAGCAAGACCUGUCAAAUUAUGUUGGAUAUAUUUAAUAGCACGUUGCCUACUACACUGCUCACGUGGAAACCUGACGACAACGAAGACAGCGAACACCAGAACGUGCGCCACGGUAUAUUGAAGAAACCACAAGGUGGUGACGAAGUGAAGUCUUCGAACCGUGUGUUCAACAGUCUGUUAAUCAAAUGCGUAGUUCAGUUAGAGUUGAUUCAAACAAUCGACAAUAUAGUUUUCUACCCGGCGACGUCUCGAAAAGAAGACGCUGAAACCUUAGCCUUGGCUGCUGCAGAGUUGACCGGAGGAACUCCUGGCACAGAACAAGAAUGUCAACGUGAAGAACAAGGGAUGUACCGGCUGCUCAGCUCACCACAUUUAUUACGACUAGUCGAAUGCCUGAUGUGUAGCCAUCGAUUCGCUAAGACUUUCAAUACGAAUAACGCGCAAAGGAAUGUGCUCUGGAAAGCUAACUUCAAAGGUUCCGUGAAACCGAAUAUGUUGAAACAAGAAACGCAAUCCCUCGCUUGCGUCCUUCGAAUAUUAUUCAAGAUGUAUAGCGACGAAGCGCGGAGGAGUCACUGGCCCGCGGUCCAGAAAAGUCUCAUCACGAUAUCCUGUGAGGCUCUAGAGUAUUUCGGUUCGCUGACCAAUGAGGCGCACCGGGAUGCCUGGACUUCCAUUCUUCUCCUCAUUCUGACACGAAUACUUAAAAUGCCAGACGAACGAUUCGCUGCCCACGUGUCCAGCUACUACCCCAUGUUAUGCGAGAUCACGUGCUUCGACCUCAAGCCGGAGCUACGCUCGGUGCUGAGGCGGGUUUUCAUCCGUAUAGGACCCGUCUUCAACAUCGUCAACGUCAACACGCAAUAA